AAAAUGGAAGCCAUGGAAGUAGAUAGCAAACCUAAUGCUCCAGUAGUCACUUCGUCAGCAAAUAAUAGUAAUUCACAUUCUGCCAAUUCAGCAGCAAGUAUUAGUUCUAGUGCAACACAACCUCAAACUAUAACAAUGGGCGGUAACAGUCCUGGUGGAGAAUUUAUCAGCAGAGAAUUUACCAAAGAUCUUGACGAAUGGAUUGCGCAAUUGUAUGAAUGUAAACAGCUGACUGAGAUUCAAGUGAAGCUGUUGUGUGAUAAGGCUCGCGAAAUCCUCAAACACGAAUCUAACGUUCAAGAAGUCAAAUGCCCUGUUACAGUUUGUGGGGAUGUUCACGGACAGUUUCACGACUUGAUGGAAUUGUUCAAAAUGGGUGGAAAGUCUCCAGACACAAAUUAUUUGUUUAUGGGUGAUUAUGUUGAUAGAGGUUAUUAUUCUGUGGAGACUGUUUCGCUGCUUGUUUGUCUUAAGGUUCGUUAUCGUGACCGAGUAACAAUUCUUAGAGGAAAUCACGAGUCUCGACAAAUCACACAAGUUUAUGGAUUUUAUGACGAAUGUUUGCGUAAAUAUGGAAACUCAAAAGUUUGGAAUUACUUCACUGACUUAUUUGACUAUUUUCCUCUUACUGCUUUGGUGGACGGUCAAAUUUUUUGUCUUCAUGGAGGUCUUUCGCCUAGCAUCGACACACUUGAUCAUAUUAGAUCUUUGGAACGUUUACAGGAGGUGCCACAUGAAGGUCCAAUGUGCGAUUUGCUUUGGUCUGACCCAGAUGAUCGUGGUGGUUGGGGGAUAUCUCCUCGUGGUGCUGGUUAUACUUUUGGACAGGACAUUUCUGAGACAUUUAACCACGCAAAUGGCAUUACUUUGAUCUCACGGGCACAUCAACUUGUUAUGGAGGGUUACAACUGGUGCCAUGAUCGAAAUGUUGUUACUGUUUUUUCUGCUCCCAACUACUGUUAUCGUUGUGGAAAUCAGGCAGCUAUGGUCGAGCUUGAUGAUGAGCUCAAAUACUCAUUUUUGCAAUUUGAUCCGGCACCUCGUCGUGGAGAACCUCACGUGACUCGUCGGACACCAGACUAUUUUCUUUGA